GUCCCUGCUCUCUCAGUUACUGAAAGUGGCCGCCUCUCAGCUGCUGCCGGCUCAGCGCUCACAGACUCGUUCGUUGCCCAGAACCGCCAUCUUGGAGACAGAGAGCAGAGAGCUGGCAGCAGCUGAGAGACCGAGAGAAAAGGGGACAAGGGGGCCGAGGAAAAAAAAUAUAUACUUUAUUAGAAUCGUAUUGACAGGUAUACAGGCUGCAGCUAUUUCUCAGGAUUUCACUUCUGAAAUGAAGACCGUAUUGUGAUAUUUUAAAAGCUGUGCUGAGGCCUUCUCCCAGAUGGCCCUGGAGCAGGAUGAAGGCGAGGAGUCUGUAUGCUCCAGGCUGGCCCGACCCCUCCAUCUGCAGUACCUGGAGAGGUCCUUGAGGCUGGAUGCCUUCCUUCGGCAAACAGCCACCGUCUUUAACAGAGAUGUGUCCAGUGAUGACAGUGACGAGGGGACAGAAGAUGCUCUUUCAAGUCCCCAGACACCCCUGCAGACGCUGCGGGGGGCAGAUGCAGGGGAUACUGCUUCGGGCAGACUGGUGGAGAAUAGCGCCCUCAACGGAGCACUCCUGCAAGAAAGCAGAGCUGACAAGGCGAAUCUCUACAAUUUCUCCAAACUGAAGAAAAGUAGAAAAUGGCUGAAGGGGAUCCUUCUGAGUGACGAUACCACGGACUCGGACUCGGACUCGGACGACUCAGACUUCUCCAUGUCGCGGGAGGAACUGCAGGACAUGCUGCGGCUGCACAAGUACACGAGGGAGCACCAGUGCCGCCUGCACACGGACCGCGAGGUGCGCCCCCUAUCUGGCCCACGCGCACUGCAGUUGCAACAGUACCAAUACUACAGCGCCGGGCUCCUGGCUACCCAUGAUCCCUACUAUGAACAGCAGCGCCAUCUACUGGGUCAAAAGAAAAAGAAAAUCAAAGAAGAUAAGAAGCUGAAGGCCAAAUUAAAGAAGGUGAAGAAGAGGAAGAAGAGAGGCGAAGACUUCUCUAACGAUGGCCGGCCUUAUAUCACCAAAAUAUUUGCCAAGUUUUCCCAUGAUGCUCCUCUUCCUGUGUCAAAGAAGAAACACCUCACGGUUGAGCAGCUGAAUGCUCGUCGGCGCAAAGUUUGGCUCACCAUUGCCAAAAAGGAGAACCCAAAGGCAUUUAAGCAAAAAGCUUCAGCUCGGAAUUUUGUCUUAACCAAUGCUAAAAAGCUGGCCCAGCAGUGCAUGCGGGAGGUCCGCCGAGCCGCCAUCCAGGCCCAGAAGAACUGCAAGGAGACGCUGCCCCGAGCACGGCGCCUCACCAAGGAGAUGCUGCUCUACUGGAAGAAGUAUGACAAGGUGGAGAAGGAGCACCGCAAGCGGGCCGAGAAGGAGGCGCUGGAGCAGCGUCGGCUGGACGAGGAGAUGCGAGAGGCCAAGAGACAGCAGAGGAAGCUGAACUUCCUCAUCACCCAGACGGAGCUGUACGCUCACUUCAUGGGGGGCAAGCACAGGGCUGGUGCAGAUGCAGCCACGGAGGAGAUCCUCAAGAAGCUGGAGGACAACUCCGCGCACCGGCAGAUUGACAUCGGCGGAGGGGUGAUAGUCAACGUCAGCCAGGAGGAGUACGACAGCAACUACUACAAGUCCCAGGCCCUGAGGAAUGCAGAAGAGGCUUACCAGAUACACCAGGCUAGGACACGGCUGUUCGACGAGGAGGCCAAGGUCAGCCGCUUCGCCUCCCUGCGCGUGGGCCCCGCCUCAGACUCCGGCUUCGGGGAGAGCUACAGCCUGUCCAACCCGUCGAUCCGAGCCGGCGAGGACAUCCCGCAGCCCUCCAUCUUCAACGGGAAGCUGAAGGGCUACCAGCUGAAAGGCAUGAACUGGCUGGCCAACCUCUACGAGCAGGGUAUCAAUGGCAUCCUGGCAGACGAGAUGGGUCUGGGGAAGACAGUGCAGAGCAUCGCCCUGCUGGCUCACCUGGCGGAGAGAGACAAUAUCUGGGGUCCCUUCCUGAUCAUAUCUCCGGCCUCCACGCUCAACAACUGGCACCAGGAAUUCACCAGAUUUGUUCCCAAAUUCAAGGUCCUGCCAUACUGGGGUAACCCUCAUGACCGAAAGGUGAUCCGAAAGUUCUGGAGCCAGAAAACCCUCUACACGCAGGACGCCCCCUUCCAUGUGGUCAUCACCAGCUACCAGCUAGUGGUGCAGGACGUCAAGUAUUUCCAGCGAGUCAAGUGGCAGUACAUGGUGUUGGAUGAAGCCCAGGCCCUGAAGAGCAGCACCAGCGUGCGCUGGAAGAUUCUGCUGCAGUUCCAGUGCAGGAACAGGCUGCUGCUAACGGGGACACCCAUCCAGAACACCAUGGCAGAGCUCUGGGCUCUUCUUCAUUUCAUCAUGCCCACGCUCUUCGACUCGCACGAGGAGUUCAACGAGUGGUUUUCCAAGGACAUCGAGAGCCACGCUGAAAACAAGUCUGCCAUAGACGAGAAUCAGCUGUCCCGGUUACACAUGAUCCUGAAGCCCUUCAUGCUGCGAAGGAUAAAGAAGGAUGUGGAGAAUGAGCUGUCUGAUAAGAUCGAGAUCCUGUCCUACUGCCAAUUGACUGGCCGGCAGCGGCUGCUCUACCAGGCGCUGAAGAACAAGAUUUCAAUUGAAGACCUGCUGCAGUCAUCCACCGGCACGGCCCAGCAAGCCCAGAGCACCACCAGCAGCCUCAUGAACCUCGUCAUGCAAUUCCGCAAGGUGUGUAAUCACCCGGACCUGUUUGAACGCCAGGAGACGCGCUCGCCCUUCCACAUGUCCCUGCCGCCCUACGUCAUGUCCAAGUUCUUCUACUGGCAGGGUUUGAUCGCCAACAUAGGCCACUGGCAUGCCAGGCUGCUCCAGGUGCUUCUCUCGCCCUUCUCUGCCCAGCACAUCCAGCAGUCUCUGUUCCACAGAAAAGGUGACCAUGAGGGCAGCAGCUUCUCCUUCCUCCGCUUCAUAGACAUGUCCCCGGCCGAGCUCUCCAGCUUGAUGCUUCAGGGCACGUUGGCCAGGUGGUUAGCCCUCUACCUGUCUCUGAAGUCCUCCUACCGGCUCCACCAGCAGCGAUUCUGGGCCUCGGCGGGAGAGGGGCAGAGCCCAGAGAAGUCGUCACGGUGCUUCUCCCGGAAGGACUUCAUCCUCUGGCUGGACUCCCCCACCUCCUUCCCAAGUGUCCGGAACAGCCCUGUCCUACAGAACCUGGUGUUCAUGGGCUUGCAACCCUGGCUGGGUGCCCACGUCGAUGUCCUGGUGCACGGACGACGGACUGGUGUCGCGCUCCUCAGGUCCUGCCAGCCAGUGCUCUGGCCCAAGUUCCUCUUCGCUGCUGCUCCCAGGGUGACCGCGGCUCCCUUGGAGCGCUACUGCGUGGACCGUGGUGCGGAGUACGAGUGGCGGGCGCUGAGGGGAGGCGGCAGCCUGGCUGCCAGGCACUGCUUCCUGUACGGCGCCCCGGACCUUUCUGCCGCCUGGGCCGGCCGCCUGCUUGCCUUCUUCCCCGAGAGCUCCGGGGGGGUCAUGGCGCUGCAGCCCCCGCAUGGCUGGUCCUACAUCAGGAUACCCGACAAGGAGGCGCUGAUCACUGACAGUGGGAAGCUGCACACGCUGGACCUGCUGCUGACGCGGCUGAAGUCGCACGGGCACCGUGUGCUGAUCUACUCGCAGAUGACCCGCAUGAUCGACCUGCUGGAGGAGUACAUGGUGCACCGGAAGCACACCUACAUGCGCCUGGACGGCUCCUCCAAGAUCUCCGAGCGUCGCGACAUGGUGGCCGACUUUCAGAGCCGGACAGAUAUCUUUGUCUUCCUGCUGAGCACACGCGCUGGAGGCCUCGGCAUUAACCUCACUGCAGCUGACACUGUGAUCUUCUACGACAGUGACUGGAACCCCACGGUGGACCAGCAGGCCAUGGACCGCGCCCACCGGCUCGGGCAGACCAAGCAGGUGACUGUGUACCGCCUCAUCUGCCAGGGCACCAUCGAGGAGCGCAUCCUGCAGCGGGCCAAGGAGAAGAGCGAGAUCCAGAGAAUGGUUAUAUCCGGGGGGAACUUUAAGCCUGACACCCUGAAGCCCAAGGAGGUAGUGAGCCUCCUGCUGGACGACGAGGAGCUGGAGAAAAAGCUGCGGCUGAGGCAGGAAGAGAAGAGGCAGCAGGAGGAGAGCACCAAGGUGAAGGACCGCAAGAGGAAGCGGGAAAAGUAUGCGGAGAAGAGGAAAAGGGAGGAUGAGAUGGACGUGAAGAAGAGGAAGGAGGGUGUGAACAUUGUCAUCCCCUUUGCACCAUCGGCAGACAAUUCCAACCUCUCGGCGGAUGGAGAUGACUCCUUCAUCAGCGUGGACAUGGACUCGGCCAUGCCCAGCCCAUUCAGCGAGAUCUCCCUGAGCAGCGAGCUGCAGCCCGGCUCCAUCCCUCCUGACGAAAGCAGCAGUGACAUGCUUGUCAUUGUGGAUGACCCGGUGUCGUCCGCCCCGCAGUCUCGAGCCACCAACUCGCCAGUGUCUGUUGCCGGCUCCAUGUCGGACAACAUGAAUGGUGUUGCUGCUCAGGACACCUCCAGUCCAGGCCGUGGGAGGGGGGGCCGGAGUCGGGGCCGACCCAAGGGUUCGGGAGGAGGAGGGAAGUCAGGGGGGAAAGGGCGUGGCCGCAAAUCCACGGCAGGCAGCGCGGCAGCAAUGGCAGGGGCCAUGGCGGGGGCGGCGGCAGCAUCAGCGGCCGCUUACGCAGCUUAUGGCUACAGCGUAGCAAAAGGGAUGCAGGCGUCCGGAUCCCUGCCGCCCUCGCUGGCCCGUCCCACAGCUGCCACCUUCAUACCCAGCGGGACGUCCGCCGCUCUGGCCACCACCCAAAACAAGAGCACGGCUUUCGGCAAACGCUGAACUGUCACGGCGUUUUCAGCCCUAUUGUCCCUUAUCUUCCUCUAUGGACUCAGGGCAGGUAGGGUGGGGGUUGCUGGCAGAAUAAACCCCCACUCACCAGCUCGCAUUGAGAGAUCUUAUGUAAAAAACAAAUCAUUUGCUGUCAGUCCGUAAAUGCCUUCGUAUCGUGGAGGGCCUGUUACCCUUUCAGAUGCAGAGACGACUUUCAGCAUACUGUCCCUUGUAAGUAAAUUAAGGAGAUUGUAAUCUGUGAUUUUUUAAAGAUUUUAGGUUAUUGUAAUAUGAGCUAAAACAGAACAGUCUAGAUGGUUUUAAAUGCCAGUUUUGCAGUUUACGUAGCUUUGAGUGAAAUUCAGCACAUACCCAUCUGGUUCCUUUGUGUCGCAUUUCCCGGGGAUCCGCCCAGUGAGCCGAGAUGUCCCUGUCACACUGCUUGCUUUUGUCUGCAGAUUGGCAGCAAGUCAGAGAUACGUUUGUCUGAUAGCACUUCCUGUUACUAAAUAUCCAUGAGAAUCAGGGGGGUGUGCUUUAUUAUUAUUAUUGUUGUUGUUUGUUAUUAUUAUUAUUAUUAUUAUUAUUAUUAUUAAGCUUUGUAAUUAAAAUCAAAUGUAGAAAUGUACAUUUUUUUUCCACUGUAUUUGCACUUUAAUACGGUGAGGUCUACUUGUGCCAAACCCUGCCCUGUCCUCAUCCCAGACAUUAUGCUGCAGGGACCAGCAACAUGAAUGAAAGGAGGACCUGCGACACUGAGAGGGAUACAGGGGGGUGCUGAAGGGGACACUGACAGGGAUGCAGGGGGACGCUGAGGGGGACACUGACAGGGAUGCAGGGGGACACUGACAGGGAUGCAGGGGGACGCUGAGGGGGACACUGACAGGGAUGCAGGGGGACGCUGAGGGGGACACUGACAGGGAUGCCAGCAGUACACAGUAACACCUGAGCAGUGCUCAUUUGGCAUAGUACAGAAACCCAUUUAGUACAACAGUUUAAGGGCUAAAUAAUUUUUUUUGGUUCCCUGUUGGGGGUGUCUCAGCCUCCUUUUAGAGGAAGAACAAAAAAUGCAUUGUGAUCAUUGUUGUUAUAUAGUGAUCAUUUAAAAAUGUUGACUUUUUUUUCUUGCUGAGCCACUUAAACUGUUUACAGAUCGGACCCUGAUUAGUAAAUUGCAUCACUGUUGAUCUGUUUCGUAUUUUAUGUUUUAUAUUUUUGCUGUAAAAAUGUUUUCUGUAAAAAGUUAAGAUCUCAACUAAUACAAUUAAACGUAUCCAUUUGCAGAGUAUUUACUCUACAUUGUA